CGCGGCGGCUCCGGUGCUCGCAGCCGCCCUCCCGCCGCCGGGGCAUCCCGGCGGGCGCUGCCCCCCCCAUGAGGGCGGCGGGCCCCUGAGGCGGGCGGCUGGCGGCCGUCGGGGCGCGGCGGCCGGUGGCGGCGAUGGGGGCUCUCCCGGCGCUGCUGGGGGCCGCCUUGCUGUGGGCCGGCGCCGGGGCCCUCGUCAACCUCAAGUACUCGGUGGAGGAGGAGCAGCGGGCCGGCACGGUGAUCGCCAACGUCGCCAAGGACGCCCGGGACGCCGGUUUCGUGCUGGACCCCCGGCAGCCCACCGCUUUCCGGGUGGUCUCCAACUCGGCCCCACACCUGGUGGACAUCAGCCCCGGGUCGGGGCUGCUGGUGACCAAGCAGAAGAUCGACCGGGACCUGCUGUGCCGGCAGAGCCCCAAGUGCGUCAUCUCGCUGGAGGUGAUGUCCAGCUCCAUGGAGAUCUGCGUGAUCAAGCUGGAGAUCAAGGACCUCAACGACAACGCGCCCAGCUUCCCCACCGACCAGAUCGAGCUGGAGAUCUCGGAGACGGCCAGCCCCGGCACUCGGGUGCCGCUUGAGAGUGCCUACGACCCAGACUCGGGCAGCUUUGGUGUACAGAGCUACGAGAUCACCCCCAAUGACCUCUUUGGGCUGGAGACCAAGACGCGGGGCGACGGGUCCCGCUUUGCCGAGCUGGUGGUGGAGAAGAGCCUGGACCGCGAGACCCAGUCCCACUACAGCUACGUGAUCACGGCGCUGGACGGUGGUGACCCGCCCAACUUCGGCACGGUGGAGCUCAGCAUACGCGUCAUCGACUCCAACGACAACAACCCGCUCUUCGAGGAGCCGGCUUACACCGUCAGCGUGCCUGAAAACGCCCCGCCGGGAACGCCGGUCAUCCGCCUCAACGCCUCUGACCCAGACGAGGGCACCAACGGCCAGGUCCUCUACUCCUUCCACAGCUACGUCUCCGAGCGGGCCCGGGAGCUCUUCCAGAUCGACCCCCAGAGCGGCCUUAUCACAGUGAGCGGUGCCAUCGACUACGAGGAGGGUCAUGUCUACGAGCUGGACGUGCAGGCCAAGGACUUGGGGCCUAACUCCAUCCCUGCCCAUUGCAAAGUGACCAUCAGCGUCCAGGAUGCCAACGACAACCCGCCCCUCAUCAACCUGCUCUCCGUCAACAGUGAGCUGGUGGAGGUGAGCGAGAACGCCCCGCCGGGGUACGUCAUCGCCCUGGUGCGGGUCUCGGACCGCGACUCCGGCGCCAACGGGCGGGUGCAAUGCAAACUCCUGGGCAACGUGCCUUUUCGGCUCCAGGAGUACGAGAGCUUCUCCACCAUCCUGGUGGACGGGCGGCUGGACCGGGAGCAGAGGGACCAGUACAACCUCACCAUCCAGGCCAAGGACAAUGGCGUCCCCUCCCUGCAGGCCACCAAGUCCUUCACCGUGAAGAUCACCGAUGAGAAUGACAACCAUCCCCACUUCUCCAAGCCCUAUUACCAGGUCAUCGUGCAGGAGAACAACACCCCCGGGGCCUACCUCCUCUCAGUCUCGGCCAGGGACCCUGACUUGGGCCUCAAUGGCAGUGUCUCCUACCAGAUCGUGCCCUCCCAAGUCAGGGACAUGCCUGUCUUCACCUAUGUCUCCAUCAACCCCAACUCGGGAGAUAUCUAUGCCUUGAGGUCCUUCAAUCAUGAACAGACGAAGGCCUUUGAGUUCAAGGUCUUGGCCAAAGACGGGGGUAAUCCCUCUCUGCAGAGCAACGCCACCGUCAGGGUCAUCGUCCUGGACGUCAACGACAACACCCCUGUGAUCACGGCCCCACCGCUGGUCAACGGGACCGCAGAGGUCUACAUCCCCAGGAACGCGGGGGUCGGCUACUUGGUGACGGUGGUCAAGGCAGACGACUAUGACGAGGGUGAAAAUGGCAGACUUUCCUACGAAAUGGUGGAAGGAGACAGAGGGUUUUUUGAGAUAGAUCAGGUCAAUGGAGAGAUAAGGACCACCAGAGCCUUUGGGGAGAACGCAAAGACAGCCUACGAGCUGAUCGUGGUGGCUCACGACCAUGGAAAAACAUCUCUCUCAGCUUCUGCCUUGAUUUUGAUAUACCUGUCUCCAGCCCUGGAUGCCCAGGAGUCCAUAGGAUCUGUUAACCUCUCCCUGAUUUUCAUUAUUGCCCUGGGGUCUAUCGCAGCCAUUCUUUUUGUCACCAUGAUCUUCGUGGCAGUCAAGUGCAAAAGGGAUAACAAGGAAAUCAGGACCUACAACUGCAGAAUUGCAGAAUACUCCUACGGGCAUCAAAAGAAAUCAAGCAAGAAGAAGAAAAUCAGCAAGAACGAUAUCCGCCUGGUACCGCGGGAUGUGGAAGAGACGGAUAAAAUGAACGUUGUGAGCUGCUCCUCUCUCACUUCAUCCCUCAACUACUUCGACUACCACCAGCAGACCCUGCCGCUGGGCUGCCGCCGCUCCGAAAGCACCUUCCUCAACGUGGAGAGCCAGAACAACAGGAACGCCGGCUCCAACCACAUUUACCAUCACACCUUCACGGGGCAGAGCCCCCAGCAGCCCGACCUCAUCAUCAACGGGAUGCCGCUGCCGGAGACUGAAAACUACUCCUUUGAUUCCAACUACGUGAACAGCAGAGCUCAUUUAAUAAAAAGCUCCACGUUCAAGGACUUGGAGGGGAACAGUCUGAAGGACAGCGGCCACGAGGAGAGUGACCAGACGGACAGCGAGCACGACGUGCAGCGGGGCCUCUACUGCGACACGGCCGUCAACGACGUGCUGAACACCAGCGUCCCCUCCAUGGGGUCCCAGGGCCCUGAGCAAGAUCAGAGCGAAGGAUUUCAUUGCAGGGAGGAGUGCCGCAUCCUGGGCCACUCGGACCGGUGCUGGAUGCCCCGCGGCGCCGUCCCCAGCCGCGCCAAGUCCCCCGAGCGCGGCAGGAACGUCAUCGCCCUCUCCAUCGAGGCGACGGCGGUGGACGCCGAGCCUUACGCAGACUGCAGCACAAAAAGGACCUUCGCCACCUUCGGCAAGGAGGGCGGCGAGCCCCUCGCCGACGAGCGGCCCGCCAACCCCAAAGGCAAAAGAACGGUGGACCCGGCCGCCGGCAGCCCCAAGGUGAGCGGCGCCGUCCGCGAGGCCGGCAACGGCUGCGAGGCCGUCAGCCCCGUCACCUCGCCCCUCCACCUGAAGAGCCCUUUGUCCGGCAAGCCGGCGGCACCCUACGGUGCCGGGCACUGCGCCGGCAACCGGGAACGGGAGCCCUUUGGGAACAGUGGCCCUUCCCGGCCGACCGAGGCAGAGCCCCGGGGGGCGGACAGCGAGAGCGGCGGGCAGGAGGGCAACCCGCUCCUGCAGGAACGCCGGGAAAAGGACUCGCCCGGCGCCCGGAGACUAAAAGACAUCAUCCUCUGAGCAGCACCUGGCGAGAUGAAGAGGGAGGAGGAGGAGGAGGAAGAGGAGGAGGAGGAGGAGGAUGAGGGACCGCACGACUCCCAGCGCAGAUUGUUUUUAUCGCUUACCAAUGGUUCACAGAUUGCUGUAUUUAAAAGCUUUCCCUAAAUGUAUUGUUUAUAAAUGAAGCUAUCGUUAAUGUGACAAUCCCACUUGUCUCAACAGGCAGCAGGGGUGUGCAGCCGGAGCAAAGUAGCGGGUGUUUUGCUUUUGCCGGGAGGCGGUGGGUGGCGGGGGGGCAGAGGCGAGACCCCCCCCCCCCCCGGUCCUCAGGAGCGCUCGGUAUCCCCUCCUCGGAGUUUAUAUAUUUUUCUAUCUGAAAACGAAGAUAAAUUUCCAUUCCUGGAAAGAAUUGAAUGGCAAAUUCCUUAUUCGGACAUCUUCAGUAAUCACCCCGGCAGUUUUGGAGUCUAGACAAAAUAGCGGCCAUUUCUUGUGUGCGGCUGUUCAGCAUGACAGUCGGGUGAGUUUUAAUAUUCGCUCAACACAAGGUUGUUUGUAUUUUAAGAUGUUGCUAUUUUGCUAUGGACACCCCUGCAUUUAUGAAUCCUUUUGCUGUCACAUGCUUAUCUGUACUAUUAUUGUAUUUGAUAUUGAAAAUUACUGUAUGUCUAGUGAUGGCAAAAGGCUUUCAAGCUUAAAAAAAUAAAAAAAUUAAAAAAAAAAAUAAAAAAAUCACGAAUCAUCUUAGUUAAACUUUGGGGAACCUGCAGUUUUCAGACCUGGUGGAGCAAGCGCUUCUCCCAGCCCCCACCAUCGCCUGCAGCCGCCCCGGCUCUUGCAGGGCAGUGACAGGCCGUUACGGGAAGACGUUUUGGGGAAAAUCCUGCCUGGAUUGCAAUUGUCGGAUGCACUGUGUCGAACUUUUUCCCUUGUCCGUUUCUUUUGCAGAAUUUCAAGGCAAUGCAUGGAAAGUUUUCCCAGAAGAUGUUUGCUUUGGUUUGGUUUGUUUUUUUCCCAGUUCCCAGAUUUAGAUAUCCCCCCGUCUCCAGUCAUCUCCGAGUCAAAGUGAUGGAAUUAUUUAAAGAGAGCUACGUUACCUUCCCAGACAGACACACACUUCCAAGUCAGCAGUUCCCAGUCAUGAUUAUGCCAAGUAGGCGUGUGCUGGUAUGUCAUCAUGGCGUGGAUUUGGGACUGUUCUGAUUUCUUUCUAUCCCUGCAUCAUAGAUAAGUAUGGAACGAGCAAGAGUGAUGUUAAUUUAGGGGCAGACAGGUGAUAUGUAACAACGGUACUAAUUCAAUUAAUGUGCCUUCUUAAUGGAGAAAAAAUGAAAGAUAUUCAUUAUUUUUUCUCAUAAUUAAGGACUUUUUUGUGUGGGUACAAAUUUACUCAUAUAAAAUUGAUUUUAAAAUUGAGCUACUUUAAUAGCCAUUUGUAGAAGGGAGAGAGGGAAGGGGUUUCACAGCUCUUUUCUCUCACAGUGAUAAUUCCUCAGUGAGGUGUGAGUAAGGUAGGAGGAUUUCAGUUAGAUUAUUAUUAUUAUUGUUAUUAUUGUUAUUAUUAUUAUUGAUAUUAUUAUUAUUAUUAACCCUUCACCAAACAGAUUUUCCUACCCUAAAUAAUAUUUCCUAGAAUUUAAAAUUGAUUAUGGAAGGGAAAAUAUAUAGCUCUUGCCAAUGUUUGCUGUACCAGCAAGUUGAGAUUAGUGGUUUCUAGAGAAAUAGUCUUUCUAGGUCUACAUAUCAUGAUAAAAUAUUUGUUACUUUGAUUUAUUUAAAUUAAAAAUGUCAACAAGAAAACAAGCUCCAGUCAUUAUUAUCCUCAAAAGAAAAUUAAGCUCCAGCCAUUUGUUUCUUCAGGGCAAAUUGAUCCUGCCUGAAGCCGCAGCUGGUCCGAGACAGGUCCGCAGUCAGUCUGUUUCCCCUGUCACUUGCUGAGGCCGGGAAUUGGGAAAGAACCGACAAAAAACGGUCGUCUAAUGAAAUUUGUGACACUUCCCUCGCUGGUGUUGAUGACUACCUCAUUCAGCUCCCAUCCAUGCAUUAACGUGAUGUCCUGCAUCCCUCUGGAAAGUGAACUGGGGAUUUUCCCCUCUGUUCUGGAGUUUGAGCCCAUUUUUCAGGGAUAUGUUAUUUCUGUUCCUGCAGUGUUUCCUGCCUGCCUACUGUUACUGCUGUCAUUUAUUUAUGUUUUUUUUGUUUUUUUUGUUUUUUGUUUUUUGUUUUUUCCCCAAAUGUGUAUUUUAUUGUAACACAAGCAAAGACGAAAGGGGCUGGCGUGGGGCUGCGGGAGUAACUGGAUUUUCUGUAACUGUUCAGCCGAGUUCAUUCUGAUGCUACCUGUUUUUGUCAGCUCUGGUUGGUUUUUCUUGGAGGGGGGAAGCUUCUCGUCUGUGUUUGCUGAGUGACAGAGCCUGCCAUGCCCCGUCUGCCAGAUCCUUUCGGCCUCGCAGGGACACGGCCCCACGUUGCCCCAUCGUCUGCACCCACCUCCGCCAGGAAGGGCCCCGGCUCCCCCCCGUGCCCAUCGCGGGGAUGGGGAGUGUGGGUGCCCCCCGUCCCGGGGCACCCCACCAUCACCAUCAUCCCCAGCUGCCUGGAAAACGCCAGCUGUUAAUUUCUGCUGAGCGUUGCCCUCUGCCUGAGGAGCUGCCAACACCAGCCUGGCGUUUUAGAUGAAAAAUAGAUGCUAACUGAAAAGGAAGAAAGAAAAAAAAAAAAAAAAAAACCAAAAACAUUUCUCUAAUUUACCCAGAGGAAACAUUCCUUGCCACUCUGAAUAAAAGUGCAGCCGAGAAGGAAUGUGAAAUAAUUCUGUAUUAAAAGGGGGCAUUAAAGAGGUCAGUAAACCCUUAUGCCUCCAAGAAAAUCGUUUAAACACCAGAUUUCUGGGCUGACCCGGGCUGCAGCCAGGGAUGCUGAGUGCGGGGCAUCGUCCUCGCUCUGCGGGGCCGAGGGGAGAGCCGGGGAGCGGGCCUGGCUCCGCCAGCUCGCCCCACUCCUGAAUGUUUUGCUACUCCUGUCACUGUCCCUCUGUGUCACUGGAGAUGAGUUCAGGGCUCCUGGGCAAAUCGCAGCCUCUCUUGGUUUUUUUCCUAUUGCAUCGAAACUGGCCAUGCAAAAACGUUCAAGGCUGCAGGGACUGGAGGGGGGAGGAGGGUGUUGGGGGGGGGGUGUGUUGUCCAGAUGUAAUUAUUGUGCUUGUUUAAUAACUUAAACCUGUCCUCAGAUUUGGUUAGGAAAAAUAGCUGGGAUCUGUUGGUUUCCCUCAGGCAAACUUGUUCUGCUCUCCCGUUUAUCCCCUGUUUAUCCAGGAGAGCAGCAACCACCUGUAAUUCUUCCCGAGCGUAAGGAGGGCCUCAGCUGGAGCAGCCCCGGGGCUGGGGACCAGGGGGGUGAACCCACCCUGUGCUGGCCCAGGGCCCCAUCCCUGCUCCCCGGGAGCCCCUGGCCUUCCCCACCCCCGAGGCUGCAGGGCUGUGCCGGGAGGGGUGAGGGAGGGCUAGGGGGGACCACUGAUGCCUGGAAAAAUACCCCCUGAGCACCAUCCUGCUGAGGUUGCUGCCGUUCCCUGUUUGUUGUGAAGCUGGAGGUGGCCUGUGGAUCACACGUUGUGCAGAAGUGAAUUCCUUUUUUUUUUUUUUUUUUUUUUUAUUUUUUUU